CGACUGCUGAUCUUAUUCUGACGGGAGACCAUUAUCUGUCGGAUAUCUGGGUCAUUUUCGGUCCAUAUGACUUUUUCCACAUGACCUCCACUGUACGGGGUGCCGCAGUAUAAACUAAGAUUCUACGUCAUAUUCACCCUCUUUUCCCCGAAGUCCUCCAGUGGAGAGGUGCAACCCGUAUCUGCAACAGAAGGCCGAGUCUCAAAUUGGGGAGUUACUCGCCAAAAUGGUGAACUUCACAGUUGACCAGAUCCGGACGAUCAUGGACAAGAAGUCCAACAUUCGGAACAUGUCUGUGAUUGCCCACGUGGAUCAUGGGAAAUCCACUCUGACAGACUCUUUGGUGUGCAAGGCAGGCAUCAUAGCCUCAGCGCGCGCUGGAGAGACCAGAUUCACUGACACACGGAAAGACGAGCAGGAGAGAUGCAUCACCAUAAAGUCAACAGCUAUUUCUCUGUACUAUGAGCUCAAUGACAAUGACUUGGCCUUCAUCAAACAGUGCAAGGAUGGCUCUGGUUUCCUCAUAAACCUGAUUGACUCCCCCGGUCACGUCGAUUUCUCCUCUGAAGUGACUGCGGCACUGCGGGUCACAGAUGGGGCACUUGUAGUUGUAGACUGUGUCUCAGGUGUGUGUGUGCAGACGGAAACCGUUCUGAGGCAGGCCAUCGCCGAGCGGAUCAAGCCAGUUCUGAUGAUGAACAAGAUGGACCGGGCCUUGCUUGAGCUGCAGCUGGAACCCGACGAGCUGUUCCUGACCUUCCAGCGGAUCGUGGAGAACGUCAACGUCAUCAUCUCCACCUAUGGAGAAGGGGAGCACGGACCAAUGGGCAGCAUCAUGGUGGAUCCGGUGGUCGGCACAGUGGGGUUUGGGUCGGGCCUCCAUGGCUGGGCCUUCACUCUCAAGCAGUUUGCUGAGAUGUACGUGAAGAAGUUUGCCGCCAAGGGCGACAAGAAGGCCGAUCUGCCCCCAGCUGAACGUUGCAAGAAGGUGGAGGACAUGAUGAAAAAGUUAUGGGGAGACAAGUAUUUUGAUCCUACAGCUGGAAAAUUCAGCAAGUCGGCCACUAACGCAGAGGGAACUAAGCUCCCAAGAACUUUCUGCCAGCUUGUCCUGGACCCCAUCUUUAAGGUGUUUGACUGCAUCAUGAGCUUUAAGAAGGAGGAGGCGCAGAAGCUGAUCCAGAAGCUGGAUGUGAAGCUGGAUGCAGAUGACAGAGAGAAGGAGGGGAAGCCACUGCUGAAGGCAGUGAUGCGGCGCUGGCUGCCUGCGGGAGAUGCCCUCCUCCAGAUGAUCACCAUUCACCUGCCCUCCCCCGUCACGGCCCAGAGGUACCGCUGUGAGCUGCUGUACGAGGGGCCUGGAGACGACGAGGCCGCUAUGGGUGUUAAAAACUGUGACUCCAAGGCUCCGCUGAUGAUGUACAUUUCUAAGAUGGUUCCCACCACUGACAAGGGCCGCUUCUACGCUUUCGGCCGGGUCUUCUCCGGCAUGGUAGCCACUGGGCAGAAGGUGCGCAUCAUGGGCCCCAACUACACACCUGGCAAGAAGGAGGACCUGUACCUGAAGCCUAUUCAGAGGACCAUCCUGAUGAUGGGGCGCUACGUAGAGCCCAUUGAGGAUGUGCCCUGCGGGAACAUUGUGGGCCUGGUGGGGGUGGACCAGUUCCUGGUGAAAACCGGCACCAUCACCACCUUUGAGCAGGCCCACAACAUGAGAGUGAUGAAGUUCAGCGUCAGCCCUGUGGUCCGAGUCGCCGUGGAGGCCAAGAACCCGGCCGACCUGCCCAAGCUGGUGGAGGGGCUCAAACGCCUGGCCAAGUCCGACCCCAUGGUCCAGUGUAUUAUUGAAGAGUCAGGAGAGCACAUUGUGGCUGGUGCUGGAGAGCUCCAUCUGGAGAUCUGCCUUAAAGACCUGGAGGAGGACCAUGCCUGUAUUCCCCUUAAGAAAUCCGACCCGGUGGUGUCUUAUCGCGAAACGGUCAGCGACGACUCCAACCAGGUGUGCCUGUCCAAGUCACCCAACAAACACAACCGGUUGUACCUGAAGGCCCGGCCCUUCCCCGACGGGCUGGCGGAGGACGUGGACAAGGGCGACGUGAGUGCCAGGCAGGAGCUGAAGCAGCGCGCGCGCUAUCUCGCCGAGAAGUACGAGUGGGAGGUCGCCGAGGCCCGCAAGAUCUGGUGCUUCGGCCCCGAUGGGUCGGGACCCAACAUGCUGGUGGACAUCACCAAGGGCGUGCAGUACCUCAACGAGAUCAAGGACAGCGUGGUCGCUGGGUUCCAGUGGGCCACCAAAGAGGGUGCCCUGUGUGAAGAGAACAUGCGGGCAGUGCGGUUCGACAUCCAUGAUGUCACGCUGCACGCAGACGCCAUCCACCGGGGCGGCGGGCAGAUCAUCCCCACAGCCCGCCGGGUGUUGUACGCCUCUGUCCUCACCGCACAGCCACGUCUCAUGGAGCCCAUAUACCUGGUGGAGAUCCAGUGUCCAGAACAUGUUGUGGGAGGAAUCUACGGUGUCCUGAACAGGAAAAGAGGCCACGUUUUUGAAGAGUCCCAGGUUGCAGGAACGCCCAUAUUUGUAGUGAAGGCAUACCUGCCCGUCAAUGAAUCAUUUGGUUUCACAGCGGAUCUGCGGUCGAACACAGGCGGUCAGGCGUUCCCUCAGUGCGUGUUCAACCACUGGCAGAUCCUCCCCGGUGACCCUUACGACGAGAACAGCAGGCCCUGCCAGGUGGUGAGCGAAACACGCAAACGCAAAGGCCUGAAGGAGGGCAUCCCUCCCCUCGACAACUACCUGGACAAGCUGUGAUCACCUGGUUGCCGCCGGCAACGUAGCGUUCCGACGCGAACACACGACGAACCAGCGACCCUGCAGAGAAACAAGCGCCCGAACAUCGCCGAGGGAAGACCCGGCGCAGUACUAAAGAUAAAACACAGGCUACAGCUUCAUUCAGACAACUCCUCAUUGUGUGCGAUCACCUUAUCCAAUAAAAACGAGCAACUCGCUUUGUGUGGGCGUUUACAGAAAAAC